AUGUCCGGCUCCAAAAGCGUGAGCCCCCCGGGCUACGCGGCGCAGAUAGCUGCGGCGCCGGCGUCCCGGGGAGGCCCGGAACACCGUUCGGCGUGGGGGGAGGCGGAUUCCCGCGCCAAUGGCUACCCCCACGCCCCCGGGGGUUCGACCCGCGGCUGCACCAAGAAAUCCGGGGGGGCGGUGACCCCGCAGCAGCAGCAGCAGCGCUUGGCUAACCGCUGGCGCAGCGACGACGACGACGAUCCUCCGCUGAGCGGCGACGACCCCCUGGCCGGGGGCUUUGGCUUCAGUUUCCGCUCCAAGUCGGCCUGGCAGGAGCGCGGCGGCGACGACUGCGGUCGCGGCAGCCGCCGGCAGCGCCGGGGCGCGGCUGGCGGGGGCAGCACCCGGGCGCCCCCUGCGGGCGGCGGUGGCGGCUCGGCGGCGGCAGCUGCCGCGGCCGGCGGGACGGAGGUGCGCCCUCGCUCGGUGGAGCUGGGCCUGGAGGAGCGGCGGGGCAAGGGCAGCGCGGUGGACGAGUUGGAGGCCGGCGCCGUCGAGGGCGACGAAGGGUCUGGGGAUGGCGGCAGCUCGGCAGAAUCAGGCGCGGGGCCCGGCGCAGUGCUGUCGCUGGGCGCCUGCUGCCUGGCGCUGCUGCAGAUAUUCCGCUCCAAGAAGUUCCCGUCGGAUAAGCUGGAGCGGCUGUACCAGCGCUACUUCUUCCGUCUGAACCAGAGCAGCCUCACUAUGCUCAUGGCCGUGCUGGUGCUCGUGUGCCUCGUCAUGUUGGCCUUCCACGCGGUGCGGCCCCCGCUCCAGCUGCCCUACCUGGCAGUGCUGGCGGCUGCGGUAGGUGUCAUCCUCGUCAUGGCUGUGCUCUGCAAUCGCGCCGCCUUCCACCAGGACCACAUGGGCCUGGCCUGCUACGCGCUCAUCGCCGUGGUGCUGGCCGUCCAGGUGGUGGGCCUGCUGCUGCCCCAGCCACGCAGCGCCUCGGAGGGCAUCUGGUGGACGGUGUUCUUCAUCUACACCAUCUACACGUUGCUGCCUGUGCGCAUGCGUGCCGCGGUACUCAGCGGAGUGCUCCUGUCUGCCCUCCACCUGGCCAUAGCCCUGCGCACCAACGCCCAGGACCAGUUCCUGCUCAAGCAGCUUGUCUCCAAUGUCCUCAUUUUCUCCUGCACCAACAUCGUGGGUGUCUGCACCCACUACCCGGCUGAGGUCUCCCAGAGACAGGCCUUCCAGGAGACCCGGGAGUGCAUCCAGGCACGACUCCACUCACAACGGGAGAACCAGCAACAGGAGCGGCUCCUGCUGUCUGUCCUGCCCCGUCACGUUGCCAUGGAGAUGAAAGCAGACAUCAAUGCCAAGCAGGAGGAUAUGAUGUUCCAUAAGAUUUACAUCCAGAAACAUGACAACGUGAGCAUCCUGUUUGCCGACAUCGAGGGCUUCACCAGCCUGGCAUCCCAGUGCACUGCCCAGGAGCUGGUCAUGACCCUCAACGAGCUCUUCGCCCGCUUUGACAAGCUGGCUGCGGAGAAUCACUGUUUACGUAUUAAGAUCCUGGGGGAUUGUUAUUACUGUGUCUCUGGGCUGCCGGAAGCGAGGGCUGACCAUGCCCACUGCUGUGUGGAGAUGGGCAUGGACAUGAUUGAGGCCAUCUCGUUGGUCCGGGAGGUGACAGGGGUGAACGUGAACAUGCGCGUGGGAAUUCACAGCGGGCGAGUACACUGCGGUGUCCUUGGUCUCAGGAAGUGGCAGUUCGACGUCUGGUCUAAUGACGUCACGCUGGCCAACCACAUGGAAGCUGGAGGCAAGGCAGGGCGUAUCCACAUCACCAAGGCCACGCUCAACUACCUGAAUGGGGACUACGAGGUGGAGCCGGGCUGUGGGGGCGAGCGCAACGCCUACCUCAAGGAGCACAGUAUCGAGACCUUCCUCAUCCUGCGCUGUACCCAGAAGCGGAAAGAAGAAAAGGCCAUGAUUGCCAAGAUGAAUCGCCAGAGAACCAACUCCAUUGGGCACAACCCACCCCACUGGGGGGCCGAGCGUCCCUUCUACAACCACCUGGGGGGCAACCAGGUGUCCAAGGAGAUGAAGCGGAUGGGCUUCGAAGACCCCAAGGACAAGAAUGCCCAAGAAAGUGCAAACCCUGAGGAUGAAGUGGAUGAGUUUCUGGGCCGCGCCAUUGACGCCAGGAGCAUCGACAGGCUGCGGUCUGAGCAUGUCCGCAAGUUCCUCUUGACCUUCAGGGAGCCUGACUUAGAGAAGAAGUACUCCAAGCAGGUGGAUGACCGAUUUGGUGCCUACGUGGCCUGUGCCUCGCUUGUCUUCCUCUUCAUCUGCUUUGUCCAAAUCACCAUCGUGCCCCACUCCGUGUUCAUGUUGAGUUUCUACCUGACCUGUUUCCUGCUGCUGACGUUGGUGGUAUUUGUGUCCGUGAUCUACUCCUGCGUGAAGCUCUUCCCAGCCCCACUGCAGACCCUCUCCAGGAAGAUCGUGAGGUCCAAGAUGAACAGCACUCUGGUCGGUGUGUUCACCAUCACCCUCGUGUUCCUGUCGGCUUUCGUCAACAUGUUCACGUGUAACUCGGAGAACCUGCUGGGCUGCCUGGCGGACGAGCACAACAUCAGCACUGGCCAGGUCAACGCGUGCCAUGUGGUGGCCUCGGCCUCCAACUACAGCCUGGGGGCCGAGCAGGGCUUCUGCCGCAGCCCGUGGCCCAGCUGCAACUUCCCUGAGUACUUCACCUACAGCGUGCUGCUCAGCCUGCUGGCCUGCUCCGUGUUCCUGCAGAUCAGCUGCAUCGGGAAGCUGGUGCUCAUGCUGGCCAUUGAGCUCACAUACGUGCUCAUCGUCGAGGUGCCCCGCGUCACACUCUUUGACAAUGCUGACCUGCUGGUCACCGCCAAUGCCAUAGACUUCAACAACAACAACGGGACCUCCCAGUGCCCCGAGCAUGCGACCAAGGUGGCGCUGAAGGUGGUGACGCCCAUCAUCAUCUCGGUGUUCGUGCUGGCCCUGUACCUGCAUGCCCAGCAAGUGGAGUCCACUGCCCGCCUGGACUUCCUCUGGAAACUGCAGGCCACGGAGGAGAAGGAGGAGAUGGAGGAGCUGCAGGCCUACAACAGGCGGCUGCUGCACAACAUCCUGCCCAAGGACGUGGCCGCCCACUUCCUGGCCCGUGAGCGGCGCAACGACGAGCUCUACUACCAGUCGUGCGAGUGUGUGGCCGUCAUGUUCGCCUCCAUCGCCAACUUCUCUGAGUUCUACGUGGAGCUGGAGGCCAACAAUGAGGGCGUGGAGUGCCUGCGGCUGCUCAAUGAGAUCAUUGCCGACUUUGACGAGAUCAUCAGCGAGGAUCGGUUUAGGCAGCUGGAAAAGAUCAAGACCAUUGGCAGCACCUACAUGGCCGCCUCAGGCCUCAAUGACUCUACGUACGACAAGGUGGGCAAGAGCCACAUCAAAGCCCUGGCCGACUUUGCCAUGAAGCUCAUGGACCAAAUGAAGUACAUCAAUGAACACUCCUUCAACAACUUCCAGAUGAAGAUUGGGCUCAACAUCGGCCCCGUGGUGGCUGGGGUGAUCGGGGCUCGCAAGCCUCAGUACGACAUCUGGGGCAAUACAGUGAACGUGGCCAGCCGCAUGGACAGCACCGGUGUGCCUGACCGCAUCCAGGUCACCACGGACAUGUACCAGGUGCUGGCUGCCAACACUUACCAGCUGGAGUGCAGGGGUGUGGUCAAGGUCAAGGGCAAAGGCGAGAUGAUGACCUACUUCCUCAACGGGGGGCCCCCGCUCAGUUAGCAGCUGCUACCUGGUGAUGCCAGGCAGCCUGGCCUCCAGAGAAACAGAAAUGGCUUCUUUGUGCACCGGUGGGCAGGUGGAAGCCUGCGCUCUAGCCCACGUGGCCGCGCCAGUGAGAUUUUCCACUUUGACUCCAGAAGCAGCUUCUGCCUUUGUGGGUAGGCAGCAGCGUCCGUCCCAGGCCCCAGGGUGCCAGCGUCCUGCGAGCACCAAGCUGACCAAAGAUGUUUCCUCCGUAGAAGACUCCACUAGGCGUGAUCUGAAUCUCGAGUUUUCUAAUGGGUGCCGCUGCUGCAUGGGUGGAGCGGAGCUGCCGGAGCUCUUACGGUGUGGGGCAGCCCGGCAUGUGACGACAGGGCUGAGGGGGAGGCCUCGGCCGAGGGCGGGUGGCUCGGCGGUGCGACUCUGGCCCCGGGAACCUAGAGGCCCCAGGGGUCCGGUUUCCUGUGUGAGCCUUUCAACUUCCGACAGAGGCCACGGCUCCUGCCCCAUGGAGGGGCUUUCUGGCAGGAGUGUGGGCUGUGGCUGGACUGCGGCCUUCUCCACAGUCCUCCUCCCACACCUACACACGUAGCCAAGGCCUCUUCAAGGGGAACAGAGCGAAUUGUGCGGGGGAGGUGAGAGGACUUGAGGCAAGGAGGGGUGGUUCUGAGAAAAAGAAUAUUUAUUAAA